AUGGACUUUAGCUUGUCCACAUAUUUCAGCACCUUUGAUGUGGACAAAGAUUACACUAAGAAUUUUGAUAACGCUGAUAAAAAACUUGAAUCCGUUACACAUUCUUUAGCGCACAAUCCGGAGUCCACCAAUUACAACUCGGAGCUAUUUGAGGACUUGAUUGAUCUAGUGCAUGGAUUUAGAGCGCUAAGUCAAAAGAAACUGAAACAACUAUCGUACUUAAUUAGUUCCUCAUUUAAUGCAAUAGGAGAACUGUACUAUAAUGCGAUUGUGAAUAAUGACUAUUUUGAUACUGCUGAAAGUAUGAAACUUACACUUGAGAAGUAUGGGUAUUUAAUGUACGUGGUGUUGAAAUAUUUAGGAAAAGAGGAUCAUACGGCUGCUCGUUCCUCGGGGAGAUCAAAGCAUACAACAAACACCGAUGCCAUCUCUAAGUGGAAAGAUAAUUGCAGCCAGGUAGAAGAUUGUUUGGCUGCUAUCUCUACUGUUAUGAGAUCUGAUUUAUCGAAGCUUUUCCUCACUUCCCCUGAAAGAGAUCUUUUUAUCGAGCUAUUUAUGCGCCCUAUUAUGAACCUUAUGGAAAGUCCUGAAAGAAUGAAAAUUCCGGUGAUAAAACUGCUAAUAUUCAAAAUUAUAUGUAUCUCUGCUAAAACGCAAGGUCAAGCCAGUGUUGUGCAGCACUACGUUAUUCAAAGUUUGACAUAUUAUGUCCAUUUGUCGGUGUAUAUGGCUGAAUUGCUACAUACAUUAGCCGAACAAUAUGAUUAUUCAAUGUUGACCGAAGAGAUAUUAAGGGAAAUUUCUCAGACUCAGUUCAAUUCUAAUGAUAGCAAUGGCCCCAAGGCGAUUUCAGAGUUCUUGGUGAAAUUAUCUGAAUUGAAUCCGAAAUUGAUUUUGAAACAAUUGUCAUGUAUCUCUCAAUUGUUAGACAAUAGUAACCAAACUUUAAGGUCUUCAGUAGUUGAAGCAUGUGGAAACAUAAUAGUAGACAUCGCACAGAAGGAGAAUCACUCUGAUCAAGAUGAAUCGAGCGGCACUCUGCACAUUGAUGGUCUUUUAGACUUACUUCAGAAGAGAUUCCUUGAUCAAAACCCAUAUGUUAGAGCAAAAGCUUUUCAAGCUAUAUGUAAGGUCUUAAAUUUGAAUCUAAAGUUAUCAGACCAUAGGCAGAGCUUUGUUGUUUCUGCCGUCAGAUCAUUGGAUGAUAGGAGUACUUUAGUAAGACGCAAUGCCAUUAAAUUGAUGUCAAAACUUGUGUUGACUCACCAGUUUAAUACGGCGCAUGGUUCUCAAUUAUCUUUCGAUUUUUGGAAGACCAAAUUGGAUGAGGCAGAAACAAAGUUGACACAAUAUUUACCCAUUUCUCCUACCAAAAUAAGCAAUAGUAAAGUUAAUGAUUCCAUGUCUAUAGAGCAAAGCGAGGAGGAGGAUAUGAACUCGAUCGAUGAUAUUGACCUAGACCUGGAAAAUGAAGAACGUGAAGAUUCCGAAAAUGAUGUAGGUGAGAAUGGAGCUAAUGAGAUGAACAAGUCAAUAAGUGUGCCGGACACAAAUGAACUCUAUAGGGCGAAGCUUCAGGCGACAUACUACAAGGAUGCUGUUAAUUUUAUCAAUGCUGUGCAAGAAGGGACUUCUAUAUGCACCAAGCUAUUGUUUUCCAAAAAUAGGAAUGAAGCACUAGAAUCUAUGGACUUCCUUGUUCUUGCAGAUGCCUAUGGUAUUGAAAAUGCUGCUGAUGGAAUUCGAAAAAUGCUCCAUCUCGUGUGGAUGAAAGGUACAACAGAUGAAGGGAAGUCAGUUCCAGCUCAUCUUAUUGAUUGCUAUAGAGAAUUGUUCUUAACUGCACCCAGCGAUGCCUCAAAUUUACAAAAGUCUGUUCAUAUAGCGAAGAAUUUAAUUGGCUUAACAUUUUUCGCAUCAGUAGCAGAUUUGGCUUCAUUGGAAAAAUUGUUAUGCUUAAUGUACGACGGAAACCUUAUAUCUAACGAAGUGAUAAAUGUGCUAUGGCAGAUUUACAACUAUGAUGACCCUAGUGUUGUUGAAACAGAGAUACCAGAUCAAAUAAAGAAUAAGCGUCGUGGUGCCAUAAUUAUCUUAGGCAUGUUGGCAUUGGCAGAUUACCAAAUCGCUGUGAGAGGCUUGGACAUGCUUUUGAGUGUAGGACUAAUGAGUGAUGCCCAGGAUUUAAGCUUAGCGAAAUAUUCGUGUAUAGCAUUGCAGAGGAUGGUUCCUCAUGUAUCGGAGAGCCAAAGGUCAGGAAAAAUCAAAAUACCUCGAGAAUCAGAUGCGUCAGAUAAACUCGUUGAUGUUCUUCUACGAUAUGAUGAGAGUCCCGAGUGGUAUGGUGUUGCUGAACAGGCUGUAUCAGCAAUUUUUGAGAUAUCAAGCAAACCUGAUGUCCUAUGUGCAGAUUUGAUAAAGGAAAAAGCUAAUCUAAUUUUUAAGAGGUUACCUGCUGGUCAUUCCCAAUCAAUAUCGUUGUCGCAACUAUUAUUUAUUGUUGGACAUGUGGCUGUUAAAACAAUCGUCUUUUUAGAAAGGUUAGAAACUGACUUUAAAAAAAAGAAGCAUGAAUCGGAAGCCAAAAAAAGUCACGGUAAUAAUGAAGACGAAAACCAAAAUGAACUCGAAAUGAUUGGCGGAACCUCUGAGGAUGAUUUUUCGGAUGCAAUUAUCCAAGUGAAGGAACGAGAAAUACUAUAUGGCUCGGGAUCCUUAUUGGCUAGAUUUGGUCGCCUUGUGAGGGAGAUAUGUUCCAAUAAUAAUAAUUAUGAUGAUGCUGUCCUCCAAAGGUCAGCUGUGUUAUGUAUGGUUAAACUCAUGUGCGUUUCAUCCAUAUAUUGUGAGGAAAAUUUACAGCUUUUGCUCGUAAUAAUGCAGAAGUCUCCGGAUCCAGUAGUUCGCUGUAAUUGUGUACUUGGUCUUGGAGAUAUGGCUGUUUGCUUCAAUAAUCUCGUGGAUGAGAGUACGGAUUACUUGUAUGGCCGUCUCAACGACGAGAAUAUAAUGGUUCAAAGGACAUGCUUAAUGACUGUCACUUUUUUGAUCCUAGCUGGUCAGGUUAAGGUGAAGGGUCAAUUAUCAUCGAUGGCUAAGUGUUUAGAAAAUCCAGAUCAAGGCAUAAGCGAUAUGUGCCGCUUAUUUUUUGCUGAAUUGGCCACCAAGGACAAUGCGAUAUACAAUGGUUUCAUUGAUAUAUUCAGUGGUUUAUCUAGCGACGAAAGUUUAAGCAAAGAUGCAAUGAAAAGGAUUAUACGGUUCCUUCUAUCUUUCAUCGAUAAAGAGAAACAACAAAAACAAUUGUCUGAAAAAUUGUUCGUUAGAUUAUCUAAAUGCCAGUCUGAGUCACAGUGGAACGAUAUUGCUUUUGUACUCAAUGCUAUCCCCUAUAAAACUGAAACAAUAUCGCUGGCAUUAGAGUAUGGCUACAAGCUAGUUCAGGCAAGACAAUAG